AUGUUUGUAUGGGGAGGUGUCAGAAGUCGAAGAUUGAUGUUGAACUUUGGUUCUCGCUAUCACAUAAGUGAUGAAAUUUCGGUUUCGAAAUGUUCCUUUGCAAAUAUGGUCGGCGGAGGUAAGGGGAGAGUGAAAGAGUACAUAAGUAGAUUAGAAAAUACAGAAGAACAAGCUUCACGAAAAGUGAAGAUACCCAACCGAAGUCUUCCGGAAAAGCAAAUAAAUCAACCGAGGGCUUACAAAACACCUUUCAUACAGUUUGGUUAUGGAGAUUAUUUAGAAGCCGCCUUGAGCACACAAGACAGUUCUAAACUAGACAAGUACAGAGAUUACAUUAACGUAAAGAGUGGGCGCAAUAAACUCAAUCGACUCAAUAACGGUGGGCUUAUUGAAAUGAUGAUGAAUUACAACAGUACUUCCAAAGUUAAAUUAACAGAACUAAAGUUCACAGCUGCUGCACAAACACAAAUAAAGUUACCACCGGAUAUAUUAGACAGUAUUGCAUGUGAGCUAGGAAAUGUUGCUGGAGAUUCAUCCGAGAUUAAUGCCAUCUUUGAAAAGUACGAGAGUCAACUUACCAAAUUUUCUUUGAUUCAUAGAAUUAUUGCAUUACUUAACACGGCAUCAGAACUUUCCGAACCUAGUAAUGCUUUCACUGCCAUUACAUCAUAUUCAGUGGAGCGGUUCGAAUUACUUGAGAGGGUGGACAUCGAAAAAGUAGUCAGCUUACUAUUGUACUAUAAGCAGUUACUUUUAGUUCAGAAAACAAUUAAAUCAUUUGAUGAUGGCGACGAUAACGGUCAGUCUUUUAUAGAGUGUGCAUCACCAGAGCUAAAACUGCGUCUUCUCGACUCGUUUAUUAAGUCAGGGAAGUUUCAGGAAGCUUCUGAUAUAGUUGAAUCUUUGAAAGAUGUCGACAAGAUGGUUCCACAAAGGGAACUUACUAAUAGAUACGUUGCUUUAGUAUCCUCAAUUGCAAAAGCAUUGAAGUCUACAUGGCAGAACAAAAAGUUAUUUUUUAAUGCAUACACACGGUCAAUUGCUCCAAUCAUGAGACAGUCGGAGAUUCUAAACAGCGAACUUGUAAAUAUUAUUCUUGAAUGGAUCGACGACUCCGAAAUUGAUUGGUUUAUAACAUUUUUAAAUACAUGCGCACAUCACGUGUCUUCGAUCAGCGCUUGUGCCGAUCAGUUUAUAAGCAGAUAUGCUGCUUCUCUUACAAAAGGGGUGGAUGAUGACAUAACAAAGUCUAUUCAUUUGACAUCGUUUAUAAAAAAACUUGGUAUACCUAGAUCAAACUUUACCUCCGAGGUGAAAUAUCAAAUUGCCAAGCUUUAUGCAAGUUUUGGAUCACCUGCUGCCACCAAUUUGUGGUAUGAUAAAAAAAAGAUGACUCCAAAUGAAAUUUGCGAAAUAGCAGAAUUACUCAAGUCUGCAUUAAAACGAAAGAAAAAUAAUAGUCUCCCAGGACAAUCACCUCAAGAUAUCAAAGCAUACUUAGACAUGAUAUAUUCCAAAUCGUAA